AUGUCAUUGAAAUUCAAUACAACUCUCGAAGAUUUAAGAAAUUUAAUCGAUCUCCACUUGGGUGAGAAAUUUUUGGAAAAAGAUCCAUUGUGGCAGGUGUUGGAUUCACCCAUUUCCGGGCGGGGAUUAUUUGCCCGGCGUGACAUAAAUACGGGUGAUGUGAUUUUACGUGAACCCGCAUUGCUGGCUGGCCCGAAGGCCGGUCAGACAACAAAUAUCAACACUUGUGCGGUAUGUUAUUGCCGGUUGGAGGGUAGCGAUGCGGAGAUUAUGUGUAAAAAUGGUUGCACAAUGCCUGUUUGCGACGUCUGCUGUAACUCCGAACGCCAUGUGGGAGAGUGUAAAGUUUUCCGCAAAUGGAAACCCAAAGAUAUGGGGAAAAUUAAUCGUCCCGCUCUACGUAUUGUUUCCAUAAUGCGUUGCCUGUUCCUCAAUGAAAAUCAACAUAAGCUGUUAUAUGCCCUACAAGCAAAUCCCGAUAAAUACUACAAAGCUGAGGUACAAAUGGCUGCCGGGUGUUUUGAAGAAUUCACAAGAAAUCCGGAUAUUUUAAAUUAUUUUUAUCGUACAAUUUGCGCCUUCAAUACGAAUGCCUUUGAGGGGAAUAGUUGUGUUGGUGGACAUGAAGUUCUGAUAAGAGCUUUGUUCCCGGUGGCGGGUUUGAUGAAUCACCAGUGCACCCCAAAUGCAAAUCAUCAUUUUGAAAAUGGUGAAACAAUUGUUAUUACGGCUGCUCGUCCUAUACGGGAGGGGGAGGAAAUUGUUACCAGCUAUUCGAAGUUAUUGUGGAGCACACUGGCCAGGAAUACUUUCAUGAAACUUACAAAACAAUUUGAAUGCUCGUGUGCGAGGUGUUUGGAUCCGACGCAUCUGACGACCAGUCUUGAAUACUUCGGCUUGUAA